AUGGAUCUUGAGGAGAUCAAGGACGACCUUGAAGAACUCUACAAUGCCCGUUCAACUUUCUGGGUUGAGGACAUCCCAUGUUUUCGAAAUCCUCACUCAAAUAUCCUGUGGAAAUUUGGCCCGAUAUUCACAGAACGUGAGCUCGAGGGAUCAUACGAACGCGAAUGGCUCCUAGAAGCAUGUGGUACAUGUGUCGCAACGCAAGUUGAAGGACCUAACCCGGGUCUCCAAGGAGUCGCAAAGAUAAGAAUACAGCUUCCUGAUGAUGGCAGAGAUCCUUCAACGACGGAGCCGAAACCGUCCAGCACACGCGUUGCAAAGGAGUUUAACAACCAUGACAGGCUCACCAAACUUGGCGCUUCUUGUACCCCAAAGCUACUAGACUAUGCGCUUGUAACUCAGCAAGAGGGGGAUCCAGUUCCAGGCGGCUUCCUUUCCAUCCUUAUAAUGGAACGAUUACCCGGACGCAACCUGGUAAAUUUUGGUGACCUACCCAUGUCCGAAAGGGAUCAAGUGCGAUUGGCUUUUGCAAAAACAAUUAGGGAAUUCUAUGCUUUGAAAUUCAUUCAUAUUGAUCCGGACAGGCGCAACCUAAUGUGGGACCCUGAGAAAAAGAAGUGCUAUAUCAUCGACCUCGAAGAUGCUUGUCAACUAGGUGAUAAGUGUGCGCCGAAGCGGUUUAUUCCCGCAUUGGAUUUUCGCUUCUGGGGAGUGGCUGGACCCGGGAUUAAUUGUAACUCAUGUGGUUUGGAUCCAAUGGUUCCAUAUGGCGACAAUACCCCUGUGGACCCAGAUGACGCGACGCUCGAGAAGAUGGCUGCCGAUGCAGUUGGCAAGGAAUUGGUGUUCGGACAAUAA